GCUUUCCAGCCAUCCAGCCCAUCUCCUCUUCAGCCCCAGGGUCCAGCAAAGUCCAACAGCAUCGUGACUGUCACUGGCAUAUCCCUGUGCCUGUUCAUCAUCAUUGCCACCGUGCUCAUCACGCUGUGGAGGAGGUUCGGCCGCCCCGCCAAGUGCAGCACCCCUGCUCGACGCAGCUCCCUCCACUCCCCCGGUUUCCGGAAGAACUCGGACGAGGAGAACAUCUGCGAGCUGAGCGAGCAGCGCGGGAGCUUCUCAGAUGGGGGAGACGGGCCCACGGGGAGUCCGGGGGACACGGGCAUCCCUCUGACCUACAGGCGGAGCGGGCUGGGGCCUCCCGAGGACGAUGCCUCUGGCAGCGAGAGCCUCCAGUCCAACGCCCAGAAGAUAAUCCCCCCUCUGUUCAGCUACCGCCUCGCCCAGCAGCAGUUAAAGGAGAUGAAAAAGAAAGGUCUGACGGAAACCACGAAAGUGUACCACGUGUCUCAGAGUCCCCUGACAGACACUGCCAUUGACGCGGCCGCCAGCGCCCCCUUAGACUUGGAAAGCCCAGAAGAAGCUGCAGCAAACAAGUUCCGGAUCAAAUCCCCAUUUCUGGAGCAGCCUGCGGUCAGCGCUGGGGAAAGGCCUCCCUCCAGGCCGGAUCUAAGUGUGACGCAGGCCAGUUGUGCCAUAAGCCCCAGCCAGACUCUGAUCCGCAAGUCACAGGCGAGGCACGUGGGCAGCAGAGGGGGCCCGUCCGAGAGGAGCCAUGCCAGGAACGCGCAUUUCAGGAGGACAGCGAGUUUCCAUGAAACCAGGCAGGCCCGGCCGUUCCGAGAGAGGAGCAUGUCCACUCUGACUCCACGGCAGACGCCCGCCUACAGCUCUAGGACGCGGACCUGGGAGCAGACAGACGACAGAUCUAGGCCUCCGAGUCGAGACGCCCACCUGUUUCCUGAGAGGCUGGAGCAUUCCCAUGGGGCAGGUGGAACCGGUGGCCCAUUAAGCCCUCUCCCUAAAUGCUACACUUUGGGGCAGCCCUUGGGAAAACCAGACCUUGGGGAUCGCCAGGCAGGAUUAGUGGCAGGAACUGAGAGAACAGAGCCUCACAGAGCUCGUCGGGGACCGUCCCCCAGUCACAAGAGUAUCUCAAGGAAACAGUCUUCUCCCAUAUCCCCCAAAGAUAGCUACCAGAGGGUCAGUCCUCUGAGCCCUUCUCAGUGUUGGAAAGACAAGUGUCAAAGCUUCCCGGCUCACCCCGAGUUUGCCUUCUAUGACAAUACGUCAUUUGGCCUCACUGAGGCUGAGCAGAGGAUGCUGGACCUCCCAGGAUAUUUUGGGUCAAAUGAAGAGGAUGAAACCACAAGUACACUUAGCGUGGAGAAGCUGGUAAUCUAGACUGAGAGUCUGCCUGAGCUUUACACAGCUGGGGUCUGCAACUCAAGUUCUGUAGACUUUUGUGUAACUAUUUGUGCCAUAGGACACAAUGUGAUGAAGUAGCACACACAGAGGACGACGUGUGUGUAUGCAUGUGUUUCAAGUCACAAGGAAGAAAUUAUUUAUCUCGAGCUUUUCCUUUGUUAUUCAAUUUCUAUUGGUUUAUUACUAAUAACAAUGAUAAUAAAAUGUAAACAAGAGCAAA